AUGCACGAGCAGCACCCACCGCAUCCGCUGGAGUACAAAUAUUCCGGGGGACUGAGAAACGAAUUGGGGACCAGCGAGCGGCUUAGUGGACUUGCGAUUGCAGGAGAAGGCUCCGUAUCGGCUGCAGCCCCAUUCCGUCAGAACCAAGAGGAUACCAAUGCUACCGAGCCUGUCGAGGACCACCGAAAGGCGUUGGAGGCACGUACUAAGCGAGCAUUAGCUGAUAGAAGGAUAGCAGCGCAGGGUGAAACGAGCUUUGUUCUCAUACCUCGCCCUGCGAAGCGUGCCGGGAAGCCAGGAGUGCAGAAGUCGCCAAUCCACAGGGCUUAUGCAGACCAGCCUUCUAGUGACACCUUAAGAACGUAUGAGGCUCACGCCAGCGUAUCCAUGGAGGAACACCGAUGGAGCGUGUCCGAUAUGGGCUCCGCUUCAGAUGUCGCCAUCCCAAGAGACAGUGGUGCUGAACGUGGCUCACCCAUUACGUGCCCUGCAGACGUUACUGCUCGUGGAGAAAGGUAUGAGGUUAUCGAUGAUGGGAACAGCACUCUCCCAUCCGAAUCUGGCGUAAAUGCAGGCUGGGGACCCCCGCUUAGCGCAAUCGCACUCCCGAACUCGUAUAUGCCCGCAGACAACUCGACAGCGGAUCAUACGGCAGAUGCAUGGUACUCGAUGCGGUGGGCUACGGAACCAUACUCGUGGGAGACGUUGCCCGCAUUUUUCUGGGGUUGGACCUGGUCUCAAGCCGACAAUCUGACCGCGUCCGGGACCGACGGUUCUUUACACUCGUCUAUUCCUGCACCGCAGGCGGCAGGGUGGCCCUUUGGAGACGAGGUUGAACAGCCUCAGCAUCCGAGCAGAAGCGGCGUCAUACCCUUCUGGGGAGACCACUCACAAGAGCUGUACCCUCCAGGUCCCUCUUUUGAUGCACCGGACCCUAUUUCCUCGUCCGAUGCACUUGGGCUCUCUUAUAUCCUAGAAACUGCGCCACCGAGCUUCCCAAGAUUUCCUCGCUUGCAGUAUGUUGAGGACGGCAGCUUGUCAAUCCCAACUGACAUCCCAUUGCAAUCGCCUUCUUGGGAUCCAUUGGCGCCUGUUUCCGCAGCAUUGCCCAUGACAGUCUUUUACCGCCGCAGCGUGCAUCAGGAACCAUCUGCGCCCGUCCCUGUGCGAAACAUCGACUCACUAGUACCCCCAUGGCUACAGACUACGAUGGAUCACCAUGAAACUAGACCCAGCUCGUCCGAUAAUGUGGGUGCCAAUAGCCAGGACUCAUCGUGGAAUGUCAAGGUGCCGGAAGACCAGGUCGAGCAUCGUCAUUCGAUCUAG